GUUCAGCGAAACAUCAGAGGACGAGCUAACAAGCUAACUAACGUCUGUCGAGAAAUACGCAGCUGCUUUUUGCCACCGGGACAGUUUUGAGUGUUUUAUUGCUUUUUUAUUUGUUUUUUAAGGCGGUACACAGCAGCUACACAAAGGAGCGGGUCUGCUGACAUCAUGUUUAGUGCCUUGCUGUGCGGAGCUGCGGUGUUUCCAGGGCUUUUCUGCAGCUUCAGGAAAAUACUCAAACUCAGACAGUGGAGUGAGAGGGACGCAGUGGUUAUCAGUGAGAGGCUGGUCUCCUCCAUCCAUGCCACUCUGGCUACAGCAGCUGGAGUCACAGUUGUGGCUUCCUGCAGGGACGUGAUGACUGACAGUCACUGGCUGGUCAACUGGUUUAUUUUCUUCGGUGCUCCCUACAUGACCUAUGACAUCUUUGCCAUGUAUCUGUGCCACUACCACACUCAGAGGGUCAGAGGUGUCUCCCCUGCAGGCAGCGGUCACUCCCUGCAGUCAGUCAGGGCGUUCCUCAUCAAGGACUGGAUGUUGGUCCUCCACCACGCAGCCCUGCUUGUCGUUUUCAUGCCCAUCGCUCUGUUCUUAAGAAGAGGGCUGGGGGAUUUCUUCAUCGGCUGCAUGUUCACCACAGAGUUCAGCACUCCUUUCCUCUGUAUAGGACAGAUUCUCAUCCAGCUGGGCCUCGACAACACAAAGCUGCUCAAAGUCAAUGGCAUCAUUCUCCUCCUGAGUUUCUUCUCGUGUCGGAUCCUGAUCUUCCCCUUCAUGUACUGGAUGUACGGCCGGCAGUUCAGGAUUCCUCUGCACAGAGUUCCCUUUCAUCUGCCUCUUCAUUGCAACCUGGGCAACCUGGUGAUCCUGUCUCCUCAGAUCUACUGGUUCAUCCUGCUGCUGAGGAAAGCUAACAGACUGUACCUGAGACGGAGGAGACAGGUGGACAAAGACAAGCCCAAGACUAAAUGAAGAGCUCAGCUGUUAGCAAACAUGAGACACCAAAGACAUGAUCAGGUAUUGGUGCCACUGUUAGAUGAGAAAAAAAUAACAGAUUUUGAGAUUAGAGUUUUAAUAUUUUAGGAGUAAAGCCAUAAGUUAAGAGGAAAACAGUUUGUAUUUUGAGAAUAAAGUGAUAAUAUAUUUUUUAAUUAAAGAAAUAUUUUAGAGAAAAAACAUUAAUAUCACCAUAUUUCAUAAAGGAAGAUUAGUCUCAUCAGCCUUUUCAUUUAUUACAAUUUUUUAAAACAUUUCCCCCAAAAUAUACUUCGAUUUGAAAUUUUUAUGUUACGGUUUACAUUUCCUCCACUUUAAACUCAAAUUCUGAGAUUUUUUUUUUUUUUUUUUUACUAAUUGCUCUAAUACAUGUUGAUCAGUGAAGUCUCAGCAGUUCAGUGUUUGUUGUGCACUGUGGGAUUGUGUGGAUUUAUCUGUGAUUUAUGAGAUUUAUUAGUCACAGUGUGAAUGUUUCCUCUUAGCUGUUAUGUGACACAACAGUCUAAAAUUUUGUCACAGCUUGAACAAAUCUUAACCACAGAGACUAUUUUUGUACAAAUUAAAGUCUUGUUUGUGAUGAAUAAAGUUAUAAAAUUAAGUAUUGA